GCCUCAGUUUCUUGCAUUACUCAGACGCGCGCACUCGUGUCGCUCAGACCGAUAACACGAUCGCGAACCGCGACGAAAACCCCGGACUAAUUUUCCCGGAGUUUCCCCCAACACUAACGCAAUUUUAAAUUUGGAACAGUGAAUUUUGUGAAUUAAAUUUUUAAUUACAUUUAAAGUUAAAAUAAAAUUUAACAAUGAUUAAAUAAAUAUAGGUCGUAAGCACAUAUAACCAAGGUAGUGAGAUAUUUUGGUACCCGGGCGACAUGCCAAACAGUUUGAUUAUAAUUCUGUGACGAUCGCCAUGUGAUUAGUAAACAUUGAUAUACAUACGUAAAGCUAAAUAAAAAGUGUCAUCUAAAUAAAAUAAAUUAAUUAUUUACCUACAUAAACAAAUAAAUAAAGAAUGCAUAAACUUAACUCAUAAUGCAACAUUAACCUACUAAUUGAAUUUAGAACAGUGAUUAAAAAAAUAUGUGUUAGUGCAAAGGUAGAUAAGUAUUUUCUACAUAAAUAUUAAAUCGGCAAUGACAUUGCUAUGAAUGUGCCAACGAUUAAAACGGAUUCGGAGGUGGACCUUCAGACGCAGAGUACCUCUCGUCUCCAGCCAAGAAGAAGCACUGGAACUCCUAAAAAGUCUGUAGCCUCAAAGCUAUGGGACUUAUUGCAGCCCCUAGCGAGAUUAUGGGGACUUAUAACUGCCGUUGUGAUGAGCGGGGCCGGCACAGAAUUACUGGUUCUAGGGUACGACGUAGCGCCCGGUCUGCUCGUGGGUGCAGCUCUAGUCCUGAUCCUGGAGACGAUGUGGGUGGCAGCAUUGUUCGUGGACCUGCUCUGCAGACGAGGAGAGUACACCCUUUCAUUGCGGUGCUGGGAUUUCAUGCGGUGGUCCUGUGGCCGCGCCCGCGCUGCCAUGUACGCUUGUGGCGCAACCGCACUGCUGUUUGCUCAUCUCACACUGUUCGCUACUAUUUCAGGCGGCAUGCUCCUAGUCCUAGCAGCGCUGAGAGCAGCAGUGCCAUUUUCCCCGUACGCGACACAUGGACCUCACUCCCCGAGGGCUGGCAGCUCACUGCUGAGCCAGCAUGACUCGCCGCUACCUGACGUGUUUUACAACGCGGCACAUACAGAAGAAGACAGAUCAGAAGAGAUGACAGUUCUGGAUAUGAGGACCACGGAUAGAUCGCGGUCAACGACCCCGAAACCACCACUACUGAACUUUGAUUCGUGAAAUCGCGACUAGACUACAUUAGAUAAUAAAUAUCGCCUAUGCCAACACCGUUAUACUAUACUUAUGAACAACUUGACACUGUCAUCCUUUAAAAGAAAAAAGCGUUCUAUUUUCAAAUGUACUUAUUCAUAAAUUAAAAACAAUAAGAUGCAUUAGGUAUGGAUUUAUUAUGUGCUUGUAUUGUAUUUAAGAAAAGACAAAAGUUUUUUUUUUAUUUUGUAUUUAUUUAGAAAAAAUAUCGGUAAUUAGUUCCAAGUUGUUCUACAGUGGUCAAGUUUAAGUAGGUGUUUAAAUUAGUACUACAACUAAUUAAUUUAUUACUUUUAUAAUUUUUAUACGUACGAAGAAACUGUGAUAGUUUAGAUUGUAGUAUGUGCGACAAAG